AGAGGAAACGGACUGUGUUUAUGCUGGGUGGUAAUGGCGGCAGCGUAGUGAGUUUCAUUGCUGGGAACUGGGCUUUCGGGCUUGAUAUACGAAGCCGGGCGCACUUAGAGGAGCCGAUUCACUGAGGGUGGUGCCAUGGAUCCCGCGGGCAAGUUUCCCCCUCCCCCCUUCUUCCAGAAAGGGGACAGCGGUUUUCAGGGCCAGCAGGAUGCUCCUUUCUCCAAGGCGGGGGAGGUGGGAGGUCCGCGGGCUCCGUCCGUCCUUGGUCCCUCCUUUAGCUUUAAACCUCACGGCACCUUUCCGGCUUCUGUAAACUUCGGCGCCCCGAUGGCCCCCGCGUUUGGACCGGCCGAGAGCAGCUUCCGAGGGUUUGGGAAGCCGGACGCCCCAAGGCCGCGGGUUGGAGGGCUGGACAACAAACCGCCGUCCAACAAGCGGCCCUCGUUUCACUUCUCGCAGCCGCUAAGCAGCGGGGAAACGGCCCUCCUCACCGCUCCACAGUCCGUAGGCGGCCCCUCCUUCAGCUUCUCCCAACCGACCAACAGCGGGACUUCCUCCGGCCUCUACAGGAUGCUCCGGCCGACGGCCACUGUCAGUUUGCCAAACACCUUCAGCUUUUCGCAGCCGGCGGCUAUGAGCAGUGCUCCCGGAGGCUUCCGGUUCGUCCAUCCCAGCCCCGGCAGCAGCUCAACCCCAUACACCUUUUCUCAACCGAGCUCGGCCGUCUCGCUCGAUCACUCUGCAUCCAACAAGAAAGUAGUUGGCGAAGAAAAACAAACUCCGAAGCCAGGCUUUGGAGGGACUGAUACAACACCGCAGGGCUGUCAUGAAGGUAGACGCAGUGCAACGGCAACCACUGCAACCCCAGCAACGUUUGGGCUCACUUCGAAGCACGAGGGGCAGGAAGGACAGCUGACGCCCAGGAAGGGGAUGAAAAGGAAAGACAAGCGAGACAGGUCACCAUACCAGUUUGAAUACAGUCCUGCUAAAGAACAAGUUGCAGUGCCCAAACACAGUCCGUCUCCAAGGAAACGGCUGUCGAAAGUUACGCCAUCGCCGGGCGUCUUCAGUCGCACUCUUCAAGAUGUGUUGAAGGGCAGUAGGAGGGAGUCUAAAAGAGUCAGCACAUCUUCAGAAAGUGAAACGAUUGAAAAGUUAAAGCUGCUGUCUGAGACAAGCAUCCCUUUGGAGUGGCCUGCUCGAUUGAGAAAAGAAGAACCAAAGAAGAGAGUCAGAGAUGAUUUUGGCAGCAGGCCUUCCUCUCGGCGGCUACGUCGUGUGGACAGCACAGACAGUCUAUCCAGUGUUCCUUUGUCAGAACUCACCACGAUCCAGUGCAAAAAUGUCCCAGUGGAUCUGAAUACAAAGGAAAUCAUCAAGAAGCACUUCUCACAGUUUGGAAAGGUGCAGCGGGUAUAUUGCCAAGCUAGUAAGGGACUGGCAGUGGUUCACUUCUCUGAUCAUGCAUCUGCGUCCAAUGCAAAGAAAAAAGGAAAAUCUCUCCACAAGCAACAGAUUGAAAUAUUUUGGCAACGGAAGAAGAACAGUCCUGGGAAAAAAUCUUCACUGGAAGAAGCAAAAGUAUCGAAAGGCGAUGAAGAGAAACACAGCAAAGAUAAGGUUAAUAUAGAACAGUCAUCUCCACGCAAUCCACCUCCAAGAUCUUCUACAGGAGCUCCUGUGAACAAAUCACCAGUGAAGAAAACAUCUGCUUUGAAGACUCUGCAGUCAGAGAAUGAAUCUCAGGAUCUACAAGAGACUGAAGAUCAGGUAUCAAUUCCUGACCGUGCGGUGUCGCUACCUUCCUCCCUCACCCAUCUAGCUGGUACAGUUGCCAAUACUCCAGAAGACAAAUACAGGGUACUUGACCAGAGGGACAAGUUAAUGAGACAAGCUCGAGUGAAAAGAACUGAGCUGGAGAAGGCAAAAGCUAUUGUGGGGACAUGUUUGGAUAUGUGUCCAGAGAAAGAGCGUUAUAUGAGGGAGACAAGAUACCAACUUAGCUCUUUUGAGACUAUUCCUGGCACUGAUAAGGUUAACCAUGAAGCUGCAAUCAAAGAAUAUAGCAGGUCAUCUGCAGAUCAGGAAGAACCUUUACCCCAUGAGCUUCGGCCUGCUGCUGUCCUGAAAAUGACCAUGGAUUAUCUCGUGACGAAGAUUAUGGAUUUGGGUGAAGGCAAUUACCGGGAUUGGUAUGAUUUUGUAUGGAACAGAACUCGUGGAGUAAGAAAGGAUAUUACUCAGCAGCAUCUCUGUAAUCAGCUAACAGUGAUGCUUAUUGAGAAAUGCACACGGUUCCACAUCCACUGCAGUCAUCAUCUUUGUGAAGAGCCAAUGUCUUCCUAUGAUGCCAAGAUAAAUGAUGAAAACUUGACUAAGUGUUUGCAAAGCCUGAAAGAAAUGUACCAGGACUUGGCGACCAAGGAUACCUACUGUGAGAAUGAGGCAGAGUUCAGAGGCUACCACGUUCUGCUUAAUCUCAAUGAGGGAGAUAUUCUCCGAGAAGUCCAGCAGUUGCGUCCAGUUGUCCGGAACUCCCCCGAGGUGAAAUUGGCAGUCCAGGCUUUUGCUGCUCUUAACAACAAUAACUUUGUGCGGUUUUUCAAGCUGGUUAGAUCAGCCUCCUAUCUGAAUGCUUGCAUUUUGCAUCGUUACUUCAAACAGGUACGUCGUGAGGCUUUGAAGACUUUGACUUUUGCAUUCACAGUCAGUUCUCAGCGAUCCACAAUGUUUCCAAUGGAGACUCUUGUUCGAAUGUUGCUUUUUAAGGAUUGUGAAGAGGCAGAAGAAUUCACCAGGGACUACGGUCUAAGUUUAAGUGAUGGAUGUGUUGAAUUGAACCGAUCAACGUUAUCUGAUCCAGAUUAUCCACUGUUGCCGAAGAAGUCCUUGUUUAUUGAUCAGAAACGGACUACACUGAUUGGGGAGGUUGUGAAUGGAGGACCUCUACCACCAUUUACACCGCACAUGCCUGUUUUGAGCUUUGAUGGUCAAGGCCGAUAUAUUGGGGAGAGCCGUGAAUCAAGCAUUCCUGGCCAGAAACCAAUCCUGAGUGAAGAAGGUGGUCAAGAAGCAGCAAAAAAAGUUGAAACUGAACUUCCUCCAUCGUGUAUUGGUAAGUAA